UGACGUGUUGUUAUCCCCUCUCGGCCAGCCCACCUCCUGGCAGGAACGUGGCCGUUUGUUUUCCUUUCAUCCUCGUUCGCUUGGAAAAGCCAAAAGGACAUCUGUGGGAGUCAGCGGUUGAGGACAGGACCCUUAGUGGUCACGCCGCGGGAACCGCGCAGCACUGGACGCUCAAUCUGUGGCUCAGUCUCCUGGAGAAAGUGAUGCACUGAGGCGCAAGAACAGACAAGUUUGAUGAUGCCAAAGGAGAUGAGUAGACACUCAUCACUUCAGGUUGGGAUCAGGGAGUGUAGCAGCAGUUAGUGAUGAGGUCCAUGGGAUGUUGAUAAAGGAGAGUUAGAAGAUGAAGUUUAAGAAGUUCAUCACGAUCAUGCAGGCAGCGAUGGGGAUUGUACCCUUAAACAAACGGGAGCUGCUGCCACCAGGCAGGAAACUGUGGAGACCCCCAGGGGAUCAGCCUGGCUCUGACCAGACCAGCACUGACCUCCUCAAGUGCAGCAGAAAGUUCUGCUGGUCCAGAGAAGCCCAGUACUUGUAUCUUCGCCGCCUGUCUUCACGCAGCUUCUCGGCUAUUAUGAUGAACCCGGUCAUGGAGGAGACCGUGUGGGAGCAAUACACCGUGACCCUGCAUAGGGAUUCGAAGAUGGGCUUUGGCAUUGCUGUAUCAGGAGGGCGGGAUAACCCAAACGAGGACACUGGCGAGACGUCCAUCGUGGUAUCUGAUGUCCUGCAGGGAGGGCCGGCUGAUGGAUUGUUGUUUGAAAAUGACAGAGUAGUGCAGGUGAACACCAUCCCCAUGGAUGGAGCCAUCCACUCGUUCGCUGUCCAGACCCUCAGGAAGUGUGGCAAAGUAGCAAAAAUUACAGUCAAGAGGCCCAGAAAGGUUCCAGUCAGUGUGCUCAAUCGUCAGCCAUCACCUGAUGACAGAGUCUUCAACAAUGACUACAAUGAUGACUACAACUAUGAUCAGGACCGACGUAGUGUGUACAGCGCUAGGAGUGGCGGAGGCCAGGACCAAAGCCUGGAGAGGGAGCGAGGCGGCUACAUGGACUCCGGCUACCACACACGUGAUCGUGACUAUGACCGGCGGGAACGUGGCAGGAGCACGGAGAGAGACCUCAGCCCGGACCGCCAGUACCGGCGAGAUGGCAGCAGAGGGCGCACUUUGGAUAGAGAGUACAGCCCAGAUCGCCGCUAUAAGAGCGAGCAUGCGCUUGACCGUGACUACAGCCCAGACAGAAGGUACCGCAGCGACCGCACAUUAGACCGAGAUUACAGUCCUGAUCGGCGUUUCCGCAGCGAUCGAGCCCUCAACCACAGCCCCGACCGACGCUACCGAAGCGACCGAGCCCUGGACCGCAACGAGAGCCCCGAUCUGCGCUACAGGCGUGACAGUCCAGGACGAGGCCGCGGCCGUGAUCAAAGCUACGAUCGAGGACUUGACCGCAUCGCAAAUGAGCCGCGGAAAUAUGACGAGCCAAUAAAGCGAAGUGCAAGCAGGGACCGCCUUGAACGCACACCGUCACCUGCUGCUGUGCCCCUCCCUCUGCCACGCCCUGCCCGGGACCUGGAGCCGCUGGAGAAACCUGUGAAUGUGCUACUGCUGAAAAACCAUCCCAACGAAGAAUAUGGCCUUCGUCUGGGCAGCCAGCUCUUCAUCAAAGAGAUGACCAGCACAGGACUUGCUAGCAAGGAUGGAAACCUGCAGGAAGGGGACAUUAUUCUGAAGAUUAACGGGACUGUGACAGAAAACCUGUCUCUCAGCGAUGCCGGGAAGCUGAUUGAGAAGUCCCGCGGGAAGCUACAGCUGGUGGUGCAGCGAGACAGGAAGAAGAUCCUGGUUCGAAUCCCGCCAAUGGUCGACAGCGACUCGGAGCUCGACGAUAUCUCUGAGAUCGAGUCGUACCGCUCCUAUUCUCCACAGGAUGACAGACGGGCCCACCACUCUGACCUCUCCUCCCAUUCCUCCAAUGAGAGACUUCGAGACAAGCCCAGAGAGGAACCGCCUAGCAGGCUGGCAAAAAUGGGUGCCAUGCCAACCCCAUUCAGAGGUGCCGACAGAGACGUUGAAGAUAAGGCUGCUUUGCACGCAGAGAGGGAGGAGCCACGCUCCGAGACACCACCAGUACCAGCUGCCAGUGUCGCCCCAAAGGUUCACGCUCCCCCUAAAGUGCCACUAAAGCCAAGUGCAGAAGACCUGGAAAUAUACGGGCCGAACACGGUGAUGGUGCGUUUCCAGAAAGGUGACAGUGUGGGUCUGCGGCUGGCGGGAGGAAAUGAUGUCGGCAUCUUUAUCGCCGGUGUUCAGGAGGACAGUGCAGCAGAGCAGGAGGGUCUCCGGACAGGAGAUCAGAUCAUGAGGGUGAACAACAGAGACUUCAGAGGCAUGGUGCGUGAAGAUGCUGUUCUCUACCUCCUGGAGAUUCCUAAAGGAGAGGAAGUUACCAUUCUUGCGCAGAGCAAGCCUGAAGUGUAUAAAGAUGUCUUAGCAUCUGGCAGAGGCGACUCCUUCUUCAUUAGAACCCACUUUGAAUAUGAGAAGGAGGCCCCGCAGAGCCUUCCUUUCUCCAGGGGGGAGAUCUUCAAAGUGACGGACACACUCUAUGAUGGCAAACUCGGCAACUGGCUGGCAAUCCGUAGUGACAAAAACAACCAGCUGUUAGAAAAGGGAAUCAUCCCCAACAAGAGCAGAGCAGAGCAAAUGGCUAACGUCCAGAAUGCUGCACGGGCUGCAUCGGGCAAUGACAGAGGAGACUUCUGGAGGAUGAGGGGCCAAAGAGCUGCAAAGAAGAAAGAUUUGCGCAAGAGUCGAGACGACCAGGGCAACGUUCCGGUUACACGCUUCCCCGCCUACGAGAGAGUGGUAUUACGUGAAGCUGGUUUCAGGAGACCGGUGGUGAUAUUUGGGCCCAUUUCUGACGUAGUUAACGAAAAACUGGCCACUGAACUUCCUGAUCAGUUUGUCAUUGCUAAAACUGAGCCCAAGGAUGCAGGAAGUGAGAAGUCCUCUGGGGUGGUGAGAUUGAACUCUAUCCGGCAAAUCAUUGAACAGGACCGUCACGCUCUGCUGGAUGUGACUCCCAAAGCUGUGGACACCCUGAAUUACACUCAGUGGUACCCCAUCGUCCUUUUCCUGAACCCUGACAGCAAACAAGGUCUGAAGACCAUGAGAAACCGCCUCAUACCCGGAUCCAACCGCAGCGCACGCAAACUGUAUGAGCAGGCCCUUAGGCUGAAAAAGAGCUGUUCACACCUUUUCACGGACACCAUCGACUUGAACUCGGCCAAUGACGCAUGGUAUGGCAGUGUAAAAGAUUUAAUUCGGGAGCAGCAAGACAAAGCUGUGUGGGUGUGCGAGGGCAAGGUGGAUGGUUCAGAGGAGGACCUAGAUCUCCAAGAUGACCGCAUGUCCUACCUGUCGGCAAUGAGUGACUACCUCAGCAUGGACAGCAGGAUGACCAGCGACUACGAUGACACAGCGGACGAGGGCGGGGCGUACACUGACAAUGAGCUGGACGAGACACUGGAUGAACCCCAGCCCGUGUCAGCCAUCAGUCGAUCAUCAGAACCUGUACUGCCUGACGAGAGGCCUCUCCCUGAACCCCGUGUACGUAUGAGAAGAGAGGUGAGCAGAGAGCCAAGCCCUCCCCCUUCUUUCGUCCCUGAACCCCCAAAGGUUCGUGCUCAGACCCGAACUGACUCCACGCGGAGCUACGAAAAUGCUGCUGUCUUGCUGUCACAUUGGGUCUUGUUCCAUGACCCAAUGUGGGCCAAGCUUCAGAUGUCAGAUGGCCUCACAUUUGACUCUGAUACUUUAGUACAGAGAGGACUUCAAGGUCAGCUCGGGGACUGCAAGGUGCCCAGGCCUGUGGCUGAAAAACGAGCCAAAAUCAUCCCCCUCCACCACCGUGCUUGA